CGGUGCAAGAAAACGUGUGCCGGAACGAAGGCGUUUGUUCCUACCCGAGUUACAAAAUGUGGCGCACCAUCAGUACCAGUGUUUUGAGAUAUUCGUUGCAUUUCUGUUGAUUCCCGUUUUUACAAACUUGGACUGUUUUGUUUUUUUAUUUUACGAGUCAAUGGACUGACGGUGGGCAGCAGAAAUGCUGUUUAAAGAUCUCCCCAGAGAAGCCCUGAUACGGCCCUUGUCCAGAAAUGAAGUGGUGGGUAUGUUGCUGAGGUUGACCAUCUUUGGUGCAGUGACCUACUACGGCAUCAAAUGGGUUGUAGAUGCUAUGGACCCCACCUCCAAACAGAAAACCCAGGCCAAGAAAAGGGCAGAACAGCUGAUGAAGAGAAUUGGUGUCGAGGGGGUCAGACUAACAGAGUAUGAGAUGAACAUUGCAUGUCAACUGGUUGAUCCACAAACUAUGAAGGUGUCCUGGAGAGAUAUAGCAGGUCUGGAUGAGGUUAUAAAUGAGCUGCAAGACACAGUCAUCCUUCCCUUUCAGAAAAGACAUCUUUUAGCUGGAUCCAAACUCUUUCAGCCUCCUAAAGGUGUUUUAUUGUUUGGUCCUCCAGGAUGCGGGAAGACCAUGAUUGCCAAGGCAACAGCCAAAGCCUCAGGCUGCAAGUUCAUCAACCUUCAGGCCUCCACCCUUACAGACAUGUGGUAUGGCGAAUCACAGAAGCUGGCUGCUGCUGUCUUCUCAUUGGCUGUCAAAAUCCAGCCCUGCAUCAUCUUCAUUGAUGAGAUUGACUCAUUUCUGAGAAACCGCUCCGCUCUGGACCAUGAAGCCACGGCCAUGAUGAAGGCCCAGUUCAUGAGCUUGUGGGAUGGCCUGGAUACUUCCUCCACCACCCAGGUGAUGGUGAUGGGGGCUACAAACAGGCCACUGGAUGUGGAUCCAGCCAUUCUGCGCAGGAUGCCCACCACUUUUCAUGUUGGCCUGCCCAACACAAGACAAAGACAGGACAUCCUGAGGCUGAUUUUAACAGGAGAAAAUCUGAGCAACGCCAUUAAUCUGAAGGAGAUUGCUGAGAAGACAGAGGGCUACUCUGGCAGUGACCUCCGGGAGCUUUGCCGCGAUGCUGCCAUGUACCGGGUCCGGGACUACGUCCGCAAGGAGCAGAUGAGGCAGAUCGCUCAGCAGCUACAGGACUGUCAGGAGGAGGAGGAAAAGCCUGUAGAUGAGGAGCGGUUGCGGCCCGUGACUCACCUGGAUCUCCUCUUCGGUCUGGACAAGAUGAAGGAAUCCAAGAGGGCCACUGCCUUCAUGUUACCCAGUGUAUCGGAAGUUCCCCUGGACUAACUGCACAUUUCCAGUACACAACCCUGCUAUGUGUGUACAGUUAAAAUAAGUUAUUGAAUCAAGUGUCUCCUCGAAGCCACUGACCAGCUCUAGUGGACUGAUUUAGAGUCAAGUGUUUUGCUCAAGUUGAAAGUUUGGAAGAAGAGAAAGACAACAUUCUAAAGUUUUCAUAUACACACCGCUGACUUAGACAUGGUCAUGAGCAGAGGGGAUUAAACCUGAUGACUCAUGAUUCAUGAGUCAUUUAAAGUCUGGACUCCAGACCAGUGUAAUCCUUAAAUCUAACCAUCAGUCCCAUCUUUCUUUUUUGAGCGAACAUAUCUUUUAAUAACAAAGACUUUAAAGUGAUAUUAUCUGAGCAGUAAGAAGUGAUUCAGCUUAUCCUGGUGCCCACAAGUCAGACUCCACAAUAUUUUCUGCGAGUGUUGUAUGAUAGAUAAUUUCUCAGUAAUUUAUUUCAGAAAUAUGACUUCUGCAAAUAACAAUGUGUCUAGCAAAGAGAUAGCUUUUUAAUUUUUAGGAAUGUUGGCAUUCAGCCAAAGUUUAUGUAUGUAUUUGUCUUUUUAAAUGUCAGACCCAAGUUCAGUUCUUCAAAAAGAACUCUGCCUCCAUCUCUUUUACUGUAGCUGUGUAAAUUGAAAGCAAAGUGAUAAUUGCUUUCAUCUGGUAGAGGUUCUGAUAUUGUUUUGCCUGAAACUGGAUGUCAUCACUUUUUGCUUUCCCCAGUCAUUCCCAUCAACAUCUCUGCUUUUAAAAGCAAGAGAGGAUGGAUUUAUCGAGUGUGGGGUUUUAACAGAAAACUGCAGUAAUGUGAUACUCAUCAUGUAAUGAGAUACUGCUCUCAAGGAGUGCAAAGUCUUUCUUUUGAGAUUGCAAUACCAAGUCACCGUUAAAUAUACUGUAUGUUUUUAGUCAUAAAGUAAGAACUGCUGUAGAUGCCAUCAAGUCACAGUAUGCCCAUGUUUUAAUUUAGAAACCUGAUUCACCAGAUUCAGUCUUGUUCAUUACUUUUCAGUACAUAAAGGCAGGAUCACUUCAAUUUCAGAUAAAACAAAAUAGUCACUGAAUAACCUUGAUUUUGGAUGCUCCAAUAGCGAGGCGGCCUUUUUUGGAGAAGUCAUAUAAAAAAGUAGAUAAAACAAUAAAGACUGGGUCACCACCUAAAUGCUGUAAUAGGAACCCAGCUAUAAUGAUCUGAGCCAUGAGCAGCAAUAAAACGCACAGUUGUAAGCCAUUAUCUGAUUGUGAUGGCCCUACUUCUGUGUGGUUGUAAAAACAGAUGUACAUGUUCUAUUAUUGUUAUCACUUCUUGUGCUGCUGCAUGUUUGUAAAUGUGGAAGCAAAAUGUUAGGAUAGGCAUAGGGCCAGGACUAGGAAUGUACCUGAUAUUACCCAAUCCACUUAAUGCUCUUCAGUACAUUCAAUGUUGUAUUCUCUUGUCGAGUCUUCUGCACUUCAUAUUUUGUUCCACCCAAAACAACAAUAGCUGUUACUUUGUGAAGUCUUUUCACAAUGGGUUUUUUUAGUGUCAUACUUAUUGUGUAGUUAUCAAUAGCGAGUCUCCAUUGUUUUACUCAACAUUUUUAUAAUGAACUUUUUCAUUGAUUUUCUGUCAAGGACUGACAGGAGAGCAUGGCUUUAAAAUUCAAUCGCUUUCAAUGAGCUGUCACUCUGAAAUUGUUGCCAUGCUUUUUCCUGCCUUCUAUCUUUAUGAAAAGCCUCGUUAUUUGCCACAUGGUCACAGCAUGUGUUCAUGGAUCUGUUCGUGGGUCUCAUACAGACCUUUCUCCCACGCGGUCUGAGCAAGCCAGGGCAAAUCUGUCAGUCAACCAUGACCACGUGGUGGCACUACAGCUUCGCGGUCAUGUUGCUGAGCCGGUCUGAGGUAUUGACUGCUCACAUGGAGAGCAGCUUUACAGUAUUAUAGAGAACCCUGUGCGCUCAGUUGUUUUUAUUCAUUGUUGUUCCUCAUUAGAGUACCUCAGGUGACAGUGAAAGGUCAAAAUGUUGCCAUGUAAACCAGUACUUCUGUCUUUGCAUCUUGCAGGUCUUAGUUCCCUUUCUUGGAGAAAGGCAACACCUGUUCAAACACUUUCCGUCAGUGCAAUAUCGCCCAUCAAGUCAUUCAUCUGCUGCAUUGCAAGAGACUGUAUGGAUAAGAGUGUACAUAUGCAGUUACUGCUAAUUCUGUUGUCAGCUGUGUAUAUGUGUUUAUGAUAUGUACUGUAAAUUUUAUUUAUUAAAUUACAUUGUUACCUCAUAUAUUUCAGCAUGGAUUUUAACCCAUUUGUUCUGUCCAUGCUUAACUGAUUAAUAAAUCUCAUCAUUCCUAAAAGACCAACAUGUCGAGAUUACAAACUUAGUAUUUAUUAUUUCAGACCUUAUAAUUACUCAAAAUAAGUUCAUGUAUUGGCAUAUGAAACCCUCUGGUGAUUUUUCUCAUAAGUUUCUCACAAAGUCACGAAUACGCUGGUUGGGGAGUUGCUCUGGAGUCCAAAAAAGCAUAGCUGUGGGAGUCUGCUACUUAAUUUGGAGUCUGAAUCAUCAUAAACUGAUUGUAAAUUCUGCGGAUGUUGCAGUCAGAUCCUGUAACCUUUAGGUGUGAAUUAAAAAGCCAUUGUUGGUUAUAAUCAAACUCAUACUCUUGCUCUACGUUGCUGUUGCUCUGGCUCUACUGCUGGUGUCUAACAAAUGCCUUAUUAGAGAUAUCUUUUAAUUCUGCUUUUCAUGACCUGUAGACCACCAAAUAAUUUUGAAAUUGCGCUCUUAGUUUUUCAAGGAUGUCUGGCCAAGUC